UUAGUUUGCAGGUGGGACAAUGCAUGAGCUAGUCCACUCCAGUCACACCGCAGUUGGUGCUUGAAGUUUUGUUGGUUGAGCAGAGGACGAAUCGUUCGGUGAGGAUGGAUUGGAAAAGCAGAGAGACCCUGCCGUUCAUCGCCUUCUUAGCCUCCGUUCGCGUCCCUGCCUCCCUCGCCAGAACGGAGAAUAGGUCCGCCUUUUGCUUUUUCUCAUUAUGUACUACACAUCUCUUCGUGAACAUGAUUUACUUCACCAAUAUAGUUACGUGCGUCUUCGUAUGUAGUAACAUUAACUCCGUAAUAGUCAUUACAGCCUCUGACUUGACCGGCGAUGGGCUUGCAUCAAGGUCAAAAGGAAUGCGCCACUUGACUAAAUCCCCCGAAGCUAGGCGUUUGCCCAAAGGCGUUUGGAUGAUUACUUUACGCGAACAGAUCUAUAUGGUCGCUGUCGCGGGGCCUUUGGCCUGGAGACGCGGGUCUGCUCAGAUGCACAACACCGACAGCCUGUCUCCCGAAAGGUGUAAAAACAUAGUGGAGACCAAUUGUAUGACAUGCCAGUGUCUUCACUGCAUGCCGAGUUAAUAUAACAUACAAUACACGUGCCGAGUCUCAAAACACAAGUCUACAAGCCGGUAUGGCUUGUUCAUGCCUCCAGCUCGGCCCAGGACGACUUCCAUACCGCACCGGGCUUCACUUUACCACUACCUGGCGGAGAGACGGGACUUAGUAGUGUUCUCUCGAGCGAUUUGGCCGUCAACCAUUCUCAGAGGAGAUGGCGAGUUUUCUUUCUGUGCCAG